UCUCCAUGGCGACGCGUCACAAAGCAGCCGCGCUGCCUGCAGCGGCGUCCUGUCCUGGUGGAGAAGGAGAACCAGCGACUGCCUCUUCGGGCAAGAAUGGCACAGCCUGAGCUCGAGGCUCUGGGCCCCUCUCAAGACGGCCACAAGAUCCGGCCCACAGGCAACACCAGCUGGGACUCCUACGCGACCACGAUGAAGACUGCGUUCACACCUAAGACAGGAGCAGCACCCGCUUUAAUUCGUCAGAAAAGUAUCAGAAGAUUAGGAUAUACGUAUUCACUUAGUGAUCCUAUUCCCAACCAGACACAGUACAAUGAUGAGUAUGUCUGGAAAGCAUAUUCCAGAGAAGAUUUGAUGAGAACUGGCACUUCAAGAGGAAUUGGGAGCCACAAAUAUUACCCCACUCAAGGGUUCUUUCCCUGGACACUUCCUCAAGGUCCAUCAAAGCCAUCAGUAAAGAGCUACUUUCCUUGGAAAAUGGCUGCUUCAGUGGACGAGGUUAGGAAGGCAAUAUCAAAUCAGUUUAUUUCCCAGACGAGAAGAGUCUUUGUGGACAGAAAGGAAGCUCAGAAGAUUAAGCAAAGUUCUCCGAUGUCUCUGGAAUGGAAAAAGUUACUUCCCCAACCUGCAGACACUGAAUUUCGGCGGAAUUACCAAGUUCCAGCUAAAAUUCCUGAGUUUCAGGAUUUUAGUUUCAAAUAUGGAUGCUACUCAAGCCUACCAAUUGCUUCUCAGGGUCUAGUCCCUUCGGUGCUGAAGAGCCACAUGAGGAAUCAAGAGCGCUCAAAGAAGCAGACCACGUACCAAAGUGACUACGGGAAAGACUACCUGAAUUUCUUAACGAUUUUAAACUCGUUCACUCCGGUUCAAAUCAGAGAAUACCUUCAGAGUGUUUCCUAUAAAGACAGACAAAUUCUUGAUCGCUUUAUUCGCUCUCACUGUGACAUUGACAAAGGGAUGAAUGAAAAAGGAAAAUAGUUCGGAAGCAGAAAAUCUGAAAAUCGAAGGAAGCACUAGGGCCUACCAGGUCAUUUUCUCAAUAAUCAAGGAAAAAUAAGAUCCAGAUUUUCAAAAUAUGAUAUUCAUGACUUUGUGUAAUUUUGUUUUGUUU